AUGGCGUGGGUUCCUCUCUUGCACUUAUGUCUGGUCAUUCUCACUGUCGUUAGCGCGUCUCCCGGAACCACCCUCGAAGCCAGUGAUCUGAGGCCUAGCUACGACUAUAUCAUAGCCGGAGGUGGUACAAGCGGCCUCGUCGUUGCAAAUCGAUUGACAGAGGACCCUAAUAUCAGCGUCUUGGUAAUCGAAUAUGGAUUCCUUGACGAUGGCGGACCAGACACUUUAGUGCCAGGCAUCAAGCCUUCAGACAAAUACUGGCGAACUUACACCAGUAUUCCUCAGCCUGGAUUGAACAAUCGAUCAGGUAGCCUUCACACCGGACAGGUCGUUGGCGGUGGCACCGUCGUGAACGCCAUGUUCUUCAAUCGUGGAUCAGCCGAGGACUAUAAUUCUUGGGAGGAAUUGGGGAAUCCGGGCUGGGGCUGGAACGAUUUGUUUCCCGGGAGCUUUACGCCAGCAACUCCCGAGAUCGCAGCACAAUAUCAGAUACCGGCUGAUAUAAGUGCCCAUGGAAUCGAUGGUCCUGUGGGAACGAGUUAUCAUCCGCCUUGCUCUUUUGCAAUCAUCGAUUACUUGUAUCGAGCCUGGGAAAGUAUAGGUGUCAAGAGGAAUCCCCAGCCUGACAACGGUCUUGCCGUUGGAGUUUUCCAUUCCAGCUUGUCAAUAAGAAAUGACAGCAUGACAAGAAGUUCAGCAAGUGCAGCUUACUAUAAGCCAAUCGCCGACCACAGACCUAAUCUGCACCUGUUGACUGGGCAGCGUGUGAGUAAGGUCAUCUUCGAUGGAAAGCGAGCAAGUGGAGUUGAGUACUUUGCGAGAGACGGAGUCCGCACCAUUCGACAAGUCCGAGCGUCUCGGGAAGUCUUGCUUGCAGCAGGCGCACAGCGUACUCCGCAGCUGGCGCUGCUUUCAGGCAUAGGCUCCGAGAAGUUGCUCUCUGAUCUUGGUAUCCCAGUCGUGGAAGACUUACCAGGAGUCGGCUACAAUUUCCAAGAUCAGCCUUCGUACAUCAUGCAGCUCAACUUCACGAGCUGGUCCGAGCCUACGCCGGAUUGGCUGUUCUCAGCAAAUGCCUCGCAUCGUGACUUCGUCCAGGAGCAGUGGAAACUGUAUACCGAGGCAAAGCAAGGCGCUUAUACACUUCCAGCGACAGGAGGAUGCGAUGUUGCGUUCCUCCCACUGCAGAAUGUAACUCAACAGCACGAAGCAAUUAUCGAGGCUGCCAAGAAAGUCGACAUGGCUCAAUGCGUGCCUCGAGGAGCAAGCGAAUCGGUGCUUCGUGGCUAUAAGGCGCAGCAAGAUAUACUUCUGAAGUAUUAUGGUUCGCCCCGGACAGCUGUCCAAGAGAGUGCUCACAACGGAGGAUCAGGCCUGGCGUUUGUGCAUCUCAAGCCGCGGAGUCGUGGAUCCAUCUUGAUCAAUUCUACGGAUCCUGAGGACGAUCCUGUUAUCGACUUCGGCACUUUCAUGCAUCCUUCGGACCUCGAUAUCAUGGUCGCGAUUUAUCGCAAGAACAUGGAGUUCAUUCGCUCUGGUACCAUGCAAGAGAUUGGUACUACGAUACCGGAUGUUGAAGCUGAUGCUGGAAGUGAUGAGCAGAUUGUGGAGUUGUUGCGGAACAAAACUCAAAGUUCAUGGCAGCAUCCAGUCGGAACCAUUGCCAUGAUGCCGCGCGAGGCUGGCGGAGUCGUGGAUUCUGAGCUCAAAGUGUAUGGUGUUGAAGGACUGCGUGUUAUUGAUGCCUCUAUCAUGCCGCUGAUACCCGCCGCACAUACAUCUUCGACGGCCUAUGCGGUUGCAGAGAAGGCUGCGGACUUGAUCAAGGCAACGUACGAACAGAUGCCGUGA